AUGCGUCCCCCGAUCGUCCCCGGCCCAGAGCUGGUACACGGCAUUCCACACCCCCCAGCCAACCACUCCUACUCUGAGAGCACGACCGACAAUGACAAUGACAAUGAGGAAACCUCGGAGCACGUUCAAGACCAGAUCCACGAUCUCGCGCGGCGGAUGACCUCCAUCUCUGUCGCGGGGGGCGGCCAUAUCCUGCCUAAACCUACGGACGACGCACUCGACCCUAACAGUCCGGGCUUUGACGCGAAGAAAUGGGUGAGGGCGUUCUAUAAUAACCAGACGGAGGCUCUUGGGGGCCGUCCGCCGAACUCGGCGGGUCUUGCGUUUAAGAAUCUUAAUGUCUUUGGGCAGAUGGCUGUGGCGGAGCAUCAACGCACUGUGGAGGAUUUCCUGUACGGCCCGUUUGAAAUCGUGCGCGGCUUCUUUGGGUCGGCAAAGAAACAGCGCGUCGAUAUCCUGCAGGAUCUUGAAGGUGUGGUGGAGAGUGGGGAGAUGCUUUGCGUUCUUGGUCCUCCUGGGUCUGGGUGUUCUACUCUGCUCAAGACGAUUGCUGGCGAUACGUAUGGGUUCCAGGUCGCCGAUGGCAGUACCCUGAACUACCAAGGUAUCGGAAAGGAGGAAAUUGCAACGGCGUACAAAGGCGAGGCAAUCUAUACCGCUGAAGUCGACUACCAUUUCCCGAAACUCACCGUGGGCGAGACGCUCUACUUCGCUGCUCGAGCCCGAUGCCCGCAGCGACUUGCAGGCCAUAAACAUGAAUACGCAGAGCAUCUUCGUGACGUGGUUAUGGCCAUGUUGGGAAUCUCGCAUACCAAGAAUACAGUGGUCGGAGACGACUUCAUCCGCGGCGUGAGUGGAGGCGAGCGAAAGCGUGUGAGCAUUGCAGAGGCUAUCCUGAGCUACUCGCCCUGGCAGUGCUGGGAUAAUAGCACCAGGGGUCUUGAUUCUGCGAAUGCAGUCUCGUUCUGUCGCAUGCUUCGGCUUCAGUCUGAGACUUUUGGCGGCAGUGUUUGUGUCGCUAUCUACCAGGCUCCUCAGGAGGCAUACGAUCUAUUUGACAAAGUCAUUGUGCUGUAUGAAGGCCGCCAGAUCUUCUUUGGCCGCACUGUCGAGGCCAAGGCAUACUUCGAGGGCUUAGGGUUUGAGUGUCCUCCAGAGCAGACGACGCCGGAUUUCUUGACCUCCAUGACCAGUCCAUCAGAGAGAAUCGUCAAGCCUGGAUGGGAGGGCAAGCCGCCUCCUCGCAGUCCAGAUGAAUUUGCACAGGCAUGGCGCGAGAGCCAGAAGCGCCAGUCCCUCGUCGCCGAGAUUGAAGCCUUCGAAGAACGAUUCCCCAUCGGUGGUGAUCAAUCUGAGAAAUUCCGCGUUGCAAGAACAGAACAAAAGUCCAAUACCCUCCGUGCUGUCUCGCCAUUCACACUGUCUCUAUUCGGCCAGUUCAUCCUCAAUCUCUGGCGCAGCUACAGGCUGUUAAUCGCCGACCCCUGGUUCUGGAUCACCCUCCUCCUGGCCAACCUGUUCGAGUCCCUCGUCGUGUCCAGCAUCUUCUACAACAUGCAGCAAGACAGCUCCAGCGUAUUCCGCCGCAACCUCUUCAUCUUCUACGUCCUCAUGAUCAACAUCUGGACCGCCGCCCUCGAAGUGCUGACUCUGUACUCGAAGCGCAAGAUCGUCGAGAAACACGUCCGCUACGCCCUGUACCACCCCAGCAUGGAAGCCCUCGCCUCAAUCGCCAUGGACAUCCCAUUCAAACUCGUCAACGCCAUCUGCAUCAACGUCACGGCCUACUUCAUAGGUAAUCUCCGUCGCGAACCGGGCCCGUUCUUCUUCUUCUAUCUCCUCGCAUUCACGGUCACAAUCACAAUGUCCAUGUUCUUCCGAUUCCUGGCCUCGGUCACAAAGACCGUCUCGCAGGCCCUUGCGCCUUGUGCAAUCGUCAUUCUGGGCCUCAUGCUCUACGGCGGCUUCAUCAUCCCCCAGUCUUACCUCGAUGACUGGAUCGGGUGGCUCCGCUGGAUAAACCCGCUGUUCUAUGUCCAGGAGUCGCUCUCUCUAAGCGAAUUCGUUGGCCGGAGGUUCUCGUGUAUAGACUUCGUUCCUAGCGGUCCGGACUACAUGGACAGUUCAAUACCGGCCCUCGGCCAGGUUUGCUCAGUUGAAGGCUCUGUACCUGGUGAAGGUUUUGUGGAUGGGAGUGUGCAUAUGGAUGUGAUGUAUGGAUUUGUGGAUUCCCACCGCUGGCGCAACUUCGGGAUCGUUGUUGCCAUGACGGUCUUUUUGCUUGGGAUUCAUCUUAUUGCCGUCGAGGUGAUCUCGUCGGAACGGUCUAAGGGGGAGAUUCUUGUCUUUCCGCGACAGGUUUUGAAAAGGAAGACACAGCUUCGUGGUUGUGAUGAGGAGAAGACGCCUUCUUCUUCUGUGGAUGUUAUGACGAGGGGAGAUACGCAGAGUGAAGUGCAGGGAAUUGCGAAGCAGACUUCCAUCUUCCACUGGCAGGAUGUUUGCUAUACGGUUAAGAUUAAGGAUGAGACGAGGACGAUCCUGGACCAUGUCGAUGGAUGGGUGAAGCCGGGGACGUUGACGGCUUUGAUGGGGGUUUCUGGCGCUGGAAAGACAACGCUGUUGGACGUCCUCGCGAGCCGAGUCACAAUGGGCGUCAUAUCCGGCCGAAUGCUGGUAAAUGGCCAGCUCAGAGACUCCUCUUUCCAGCGAAAGACCGGAUAUGUGACGCAGCAGGAUCUGAACCUGCACACGUCUACUGUUCGUGAGGCACUCCAGUUCAGCGCCUUGCUGAGGCAGCCAGCGCGGUAUACCCGCCAGGAAAAGCUCGACUAUGUCAACGAUGUGAUUCGGUUAGUUGAUCUGGACGACUGCGCUGAUGCCAUCGUCGGGCAUACAGGCGAAGGCCUAAACGUUGAACAACGAAAGCGCUUGACUAUCGGUGUUGAACUGGCAGCACGGCCAGAGCUGUUGCUGUUCCUCGACGAGCCGACUUCAGGGCUUGAUAGCCAGACGUCCUGGGCGAUUUGCGAUCUCAUGGAGAAAUUAACACGCAAUGGCCAAGCGAUUCUGUGUACAAUUCACCAGCCUUCAGCUGCGCUCUUUCAGCGCUUCGACCGCUUGCUCCUGCUGGCCAAGGGUGGACGCACUGUGUACUUUGGGGAGGUUGGCAAGGGCUCCUCGACGCUUAUUGACUACUUCACUCGCAAUGGUGCGCCGCAGUUCAAGACCGGCACUAAUCCAGCGGAAUAUAUGCUUGAUGUUGUUGGGGCAGCGAAGCAUGGAAGCACCAUCGACUGGCCGAGUAUCUGGAAGGCAAGCCCCGAAUAUCAGGGUGUCCGUCAAGAACUGGAACGUCUAUCCCGUCAGGGAGAGGGAAGCCCUGUCGAGUCUGAUCCUGCAGCUCUGGCGGAGUUUGCUGCCAGCUUUCCUGUGCAGCUUACCCAGGUCACGAAGCGUGUUUUCCAGCAGUAUUGGAGGACGCCGAGUUAUAUUUUCUCCAAGUCUGUUCUUAGUCUUGGAUCGGCCCUGUUUAUCGGACUGUCCCAGGUCAACGGGGAUGUCACCAAGCGCGGGCUGUUUAACCAAAUGCUGGCAACAUACAUCUUCCUCUUCAUCUUCAGUCAAGUCGUCGAGCAAAUCCUGCCCAUGUUUGUCUCUCAACGCACCCUAUAUGAAGCCCGCGAAAGACCCGCCAAAGCAUACUCAUGGGUCGUCUUUCUCGCCGCAAACAUCAUCGUCGAGCUGGCGUGGAACUCGCUGAUGGCCAUCUUCUCGUUCCUGUUCUGGUACUUCCCCAUGGGCCUCUACCGGAAUGCAGAAUGGACAGACGCCGUCCAUUCGCGCGGCAUCACAAUCUGUCUACACAUGUGGAUCUUCUUCGCCUUCACCAGCACAUUCGCCAACAUGCUCAUCGCCGGUAUCGAGACCGAGCAGGUCGCCGGUGCAUUCCUCAACUUCUUCUUCAAUAUCAUGUUUGCUUUUGCGGGUGUCCUCGCCGGCCCAACCGAACUCCCCGGCUUCUGGAUCUUCAUGUACCGCGUCAACCCCUUCACCUACGUGAUUGAGAGUUUCCUGGGAACAGCUCUCGCUGGCGCCCCUGUUACCUGCAAGACCAGUGAACUGGUUCAAUUCGAGGCUCCGGCUGGGAUGAGCUGCGGCGAGUACAUGCAGUCGUAUAUCGACGCGAAGGGCGGGUAUCUGGUGGAUAAUUCUGCCAGCAACUGUAGUUUCUGUGGGACGGCGAGCAGCGAUGACUUCCUUGAGGAUAUGAAUAUGCUGUUUGGGAAUCGCUGGAGGGACUUUGGGUUUAUGUGGGCGUUUUGUGUGUUUAAUGUUGUUGCUGCGGUGGGGUUGUAUUGGCUUAUGAGGGUUCCUAAGAGGGUGAAGGAGUAA